CCCCGCCGAGUUCCGGAGUGGAGUCGCUGACCGCCUCUGCCGGAGCAGAGAUGCAGCCGCCGCCCCGAAAAGUGAAGCCAGUCCAGGAGGUGAAACUUCGUUUCUUGGAGCAGCUGAACAUCCUUCAGACCCGGCAGCAAAGGGAGGCGGAUCUGCUGGAGGACAUUAGAUCCUACAGCAAGCAGAGGGCAGCCAUUGAACGAGAGUAUGGUCAGGCACUCCAGAAACUUGCCGGGCCAUUCCUGAAGAGGGAAGGGCAGCGGAGUGGGGAGAUAGACAGCAGGGACAGGACAGUGUUUGGUGUCUGGCGCUGUCUACUGGAUGCCACAGUGGCUGGGGGCCAAACCAGGCUCCAGGCAUCUGACCGAUACCGUGACCUAGCAGGGGGAACAGGGCGGAGUGCCAAGGAGCAGGUGCUUAGAAAGGGUACAGAGAGCCUCCAGAGGGCUCAGGCUGAGGUGCUGCAGUCUGUCCGAGAGCUCAGCCGAAGUCGGAAGCUGUAUGGGCAGCGAGAACGUGUGUGGGCCUUGGCACAAGAAAAGGCAGCUGAUGUCCAGGCAAGGCUGAACCGAAAUGACCAUGGGAUCUUCCAUUCUCGGACCAGUCUCCAGAAACUGAGCACCAAGCUGUCUGCCCAGUCAGCCCAGUAUUCCCAGCAGCUGAGAGCAGCCCGCAAUGAAUACCUGCUUAACUUGGUGGCAACCAAUGCCCACCUUGCCCACUACUACCAAGAGGAGCUGCCAGCCCUACUCAAGGCCCUUGUCAGUGAGCUGUCAGAACACCUGAGGGACCCCUUGAUGUUACUGAGCCGAACUGAGCUGGAAGCUGCAGAGACAGUCCUGGAGCAUGCCCGCCUUGGGGGAGAGGUAACCUCCCAGGUAAACUGGGAGCAGGAUGUGAAGUUGUUUCUUCAGGGGCCUGGAGUCUUUUCUCCUACCCCACCUCAGCAGUUUCAUCCAGCAGGGACUGAUCAGGUGUGUUCCCUGGAGGAGGGAGCUGGAGGCAUGGCUGGGGAAAGUGGCCUGGAGAAAGAGGUCCAGCGAUGGACAAGCCGAGCUGCCCGAGACUAUAAGAUCCAGCACCAUGGCCAUCGGGUGCUGCAGCGACUGGAGCAGAGGCGGCUGCAGGCCCCAGAGCGAGAAGCUCCAGGUGUGGAACAACGGCUACAGGAAGUGAGGGAGAGCAUCCGGCGGGCACAGGUGAGCCAGGUGAAGGGGGCGGCCCGGCUGGCCCUGCUGCAGGGGGCCGGCUUGGAUGUACAGCGCUGGCUGAAGCCAGCCAUGACCCAGGCCCAGGAUGAAGUGGAGCAGGAGCGACGGCUCAGUGAGGCUCGGUUAUCCCAGAGAGACCUCUCUCCCAUGGCUGAGGAUGCCGAGCUUUCUGACUUUGAUGAAUGUGAGGAAGCUGGGGAGCUCUUUGAAGAGCCAGCCCCCCAAGCUCUGGCUACCAGGCACCUCCCCUGCCCUGCACAUGUGGUGUUUGGCUACCAGGCAGGGCGUGAGGAUGAACUGACCAUCACAGAGGGUGAGUGGCUGGAGGUCAUAGAGGAAGGAGAUGCUGAUGAGUGGGUCAAGGCUCGAAACCAGCAUGGUGAGGCAGGCUUUGUCCCCGAGCGGUAUCUCAACUUCCCAGAUCUCUCCCUUCCUGAGAGUGGCCGUGAUAGUGACAAUCCCUCGAGGGUGGAACCGACAGCAUUCUUGGCCCGUGCCCUCUACAGCUACACUGGACAGAGUGAAGAGGAGCUGAGUUUCCCGGAGGGGGCCCUCAUCCGCUUGCUGCCCAGGGCACAAGAUGGUGUGGAUGAUGGUUUCUGGAGGGGAGAAUUUGGGGGCCAUGUUGGUGUCUUCCCUUCUCUGCUGGUGGAGGAGCUGCUUGGUCCCCCAGUGCCAGCUGAACUCUCUGAUCCUGAUCAGAUGCUGCCAUCCCCCUCUCCUCCCAGUUUCUCUCCUCCUGCACCCACCUCUGCUUUGGAUGGAUCCCCUGCACCUUCCCUGUCUGUAGACAAAGCCUUGGAUUGCCCCGGACCCCUGGACAUGAUGAUGCCCCGACUUAGGCCGAUGCGACCACCUCCUCCUCCGCCAGCUAAAGCCCCGGAUCCUGGCCACCCAGAUUCCCUUACCUGAAGACCAGGGGUAUCACUACACCCCAGUGAUGCUGCUGUGCCUCUCUCCAUGCUGUUGGAACCUACUCCCUCAAUGAUCUGGACUGACACAGGCAAAAGCUGGAAUCUCCCCCAUGUUUGUCCUCACCUUCAGGGGUAGAAACUUCCUCUGUCCCCAUUUCUGGGACUAGAACCCACUCCUCCUUCCCACUGUUCUUUUGCAAUCCCUAGAGAUGGAAUUAUCUAUUUGUCUUCUAACAUCACCCCAUCUUGGGGGUGGUAUAAUAUUCCAAAAUCCCUGGGGAUGGGGCUGGAACCCAUUCCCCCAAAUUUGAGUGGCUCCAGUCUAUCUCUGUCUCCAUGCUGGCCUUGUUUCCAGCUGACCUUGUGGCCCACCCCACACUGAAUGCCAGGGUCACUGGGCUUGAGGCCAUCAGAGGAGCUGACCUUGGGAGUCAGAAGGAGCCAGAGCCAGGAUGCAAAGCAACUGUAGUAGUCUGAGCGGAUUUAUUGACAGUGAAUAAAGAGCACGAAGUCCAAGCUAGUGCUUGGACCUCUUGUGCCAAGAUGGCAAGGAGCCUAUGGUGCUAUUGCUUUAGGGACCCACCAAGGGUAGUCUGGUCCCAGCUACCAUGCUCUAAGCAUGUAGAGCAAGGUGUUGGGGGAAGGCAGGCCAGGCCACCUGUUGGCAGGUAGGGAAAGGGGAAGAAACUUAGGGACUGGGAGUAUGUGUAGAGGGGACUCCUCCUGAGGUCCCCCAGUCUGAGACCAUGCAACUCCUGGUGGAAGUAGAGCUGACCCCUCAACUGAAGGGCAGUGCCAUCCAGUGGAGGAGAGGGCCUUCAAAGCCACCCACCCCCAGGCAAUGCAGCUGGCAGUCCAUCAGUACAAUGAAGAGUGAGGCUUGGAGGAGAGGAAGAACAGUGUUUCUUCCUGUUCAAGCUCUGGCCCAGCUUUUCUCCAGGGGCUGCAGGACCUGCUCAUUCCUCACUCCCACCACCAGCCACAGAAUCUGUAGCACAGGCUUAGCCUGCAGUUUACCUUUGGGGUUCAAGGAAAUGAUGGGCUUCAGUGGUUUUGGUAGAGGAUGGACAAAUAUUACCUGAUCUGGGGCUUAUGCAGACUCACCUCAAAUACCCCCUGCUCCCCGUGGCGGAGACACCUGAGAGAAAGAGGAAGCAUCAACAAUGAGAACAGAAGGUUUUCUCCUGAGUAUGUACAGGAAAACUGAGCCUGCCACUGCAGCUCUGGCCAUAUCUUCAUACCUGGUGACCUGAGGUGUCCAGUUUGCUUGACUGUUCAUUUGUCUCUUGAUUGGGCGGCCCUGGGCUUGGUCCCCUCCCUCUGGCCCCCACAGUCGGUUCUGUAGAAGCUCCAGGGGUGCCCUCAAGCACACAAGGGAUGAGACUGGUGUCCCUGAGACCUCCAUUCUGUACUGGAGGGCUGGCUAGAGCCUGGGGCUGUGGUUCCUCAGGGGGCAGCACUGCCCUGGGCUGUCCUCCCCCAGAUCCUUGACCACCUCCUGGAUCCUGUCCCCCUCCAGAGCCCCAGCUUCUGUCUGUAGGGGAACCAUCAUGAUGCUCAUGUAGUCCGUAGCGCUUUUCAAUGUGCGUCACUCGGAAUCUGCGAGGGAAGAGAACAUUGGGUCUUAGGACUACAGCUUGAGGCUGCCUAACCUUCCCCUUCAAUGGUGACUUUCCCCUGGGCAGAGGAGGCCUUCUUAGAUUGUGGGGCACUUUAUACAGCCUGUCUGCUGCUGCAUCUCCCAGCCCAGGAGGAAAGAGCUGGGACUGUUUUUUUGGGGGGUUAGGUACCUUAUCAUUGGGGUCCCCACCUCAGCCCCCCUUUCCCUGGGGCAGUGUAUCCCCACCUGCCUACUGAGAACACGGUGGUCUCUCCAGGCCGAGGGCGGCCUUUUCCUUCCUUGGAGCGUCCUUGACGGACAAGUGGGGGUCUCUUGUUGCGACUGCAAUGGAUACAAGGAGCUGCAGAGCCCAGAUGCACUGUGUGAUGAUGGGAAGGGGCUCCAUCCUGCAAGCUGGAGGUGGCAUCCACACUGGACCACAGGGAGGAAGGGAGCAGAAAUGGUAUUUCCAUUUCCCUUCCUUUUCUGUUUCCUUCUGUUCCUUCAACAUGCUCUUUAAACCUCCCAGAGCUCCACUUUCCCCAGGCUCCACCAUUCUUUUGUCUUUAAUAAAUUCACUAUUAAGCCAUGA